AGUCGACAAUCGGCAGUCGCAGCGACUGUAUGGGCACGUGUAUUGUGAUUGACUGAUUGUAUUACGUCAAAGUUUCUCGCACCAUACGCUUCGAAAUUCAGAUUAGCUCUCGGCGAACUGUCGAUUAAUCGUUAAAAAAUUCCUACGACUUACAAAUUCCGCGUUCGUACCAAAUAAAUAACGAGCUGAGAUUUUACAUUCUGGAAAAAAAUUUGCUCUGUUGUUAUCGACGCAUUACUCAGCAAACAACGUAAUCGCCUUCGAUUAUCUUGAUAAUCUGUCGAGGAUGCUACAUUAUACGAUAUUAAAUUCAUAACGAUAUAUACAGAAUAUCCUCAGAGAAUAAAAUAUUCAGUCUAAACGGACGUGAUAUGUCGAAUUUUUUUUAGCAAAAUCUCCAAGUUUGAUCUAUCAAGACACAGAUGUUAGUCGACAAUUCACUCACGAGUUAUUUGAGUGAUCUCAACGACAGAUUGGGGAUACGAAUCUGCUCGCGGCUGCUUCGAGUUGCACCUCGACCGAUGACGAAUCGUGCACCGAUCGUCGUCUAACUCGGUGUUAUCUUAUCUUACAUCGCACGGAAACGGGAAGAAGAGGUACGUGUGCCAGCGCGGCUCGUGUCCCUGAAAGUUACGCAACGCAGUCGGCAGACACGAUGAAGUCGAAGACGAGCGAGAGCUUGAUAGCAAGUGAAAGCAAGGCGGAGUUCAAGAAAGACGAUGCCGACCAGCACAAACAAAAACCAUUGAAAAAAGGUAAAACGUUUUGUCAGUCUUGUAAGAAGAAGUGCAGUGGGGAGGUACUGCGGGUGCAGGAUAAAUACUUUCACAUAGGGUGCUUCAAAUGUGCCCAGUGCAACGCAAGCUUAGCGCAGGGUGGCUUUUUUGCACGUGAAGGUUCCUAUUACUGCACUAAGGAUUAUCGGGAGCGUUGGGGUACACGUUGUGCUGGUUGCGGGGAGUAUGUGGAGGGUGAUGUGGUGACAGCUGGCGAGAAGCAUGCAUUUCAUCCAAAUUGUUUCCAUUGCCAAAGAUGUCGGCAACCAUUGCUAGGACAGGGAACAAAAGUGUCUCUUGUUCAAGGUCAAGCGCUAUGUCACCGAUGUGUCGGUAUCCCGGUUCGCGAGGCCUCCACGCCGAUUGGCAAUAGCGCCGGUACCAAAGGUGGCGGACACGCUGACCCUGGUGCUUGCGCCGGUUGUGGAAACCAAUUGAGGGAAGGUCAGGCAUUGGUCGCACUCGAUCGUCAAUGGCAUGUCUGGUGCUUUAAAUGUCAUAGCUGCGACACUGUUCUCCACGGGGAAUACAUGGGAAAAGACGGCGUGCCUUACUGCGAGAAAGAUUACCAGAAGCAGUUUGGAGUAAAGUGCGCCUAUUGCAAUCGUUACAUUAGCGGCAAGGUUUUGCAGGCCGGUGAUAACCAUCAUUUCCAUCCAACUUGUGCCCGCUGCACGAAAUGCGGCGAUCCGUUUGGCGAUGGAGAGGAAAUGUACCUACAGGGUGCCGCCAUAUGGCAUCCACGCUGCGGUCCAGGACCUACCGGACCCAAUGGCAUCGUGAAUGGACACGGGGACGCUCACACCCCGCAGCAUCGGGAAUCGGAGCGAAUUUCCAGCAGCGCUUCGGAGAUGCAGUUUUCAUUGCGGUCACGCACGCCAAGCCUGAACGGAUCACUGUGCAGCCCUUACAGCAGCCUAAGUCGCAAGUAUUAUCCCGCACGAACUGGAAGCCCCGGCCUGAUCCUGCGAGAAUACGGACGACCGGCGGAAGAUGUAUCUAGGAUUUAUACUUACUCGUAUUUGACUGAAACACCCAGUCAAGGAUAUCUGAGACGUCCGAUACAGCCGUACGAUAAACCCCCCACUAGCCCGCAUUUUCAUAGACCUAGCUCAUCUCGUUCGAUAAGAAGCAGCGGUGGACGCAGCAGCAGAUCGGGAAUGAGAGCUUUGGUCGACGCGUUGAGUGACACUCGACCGAAAUCGCCAGCAAGCCAAGUGGAUAAUGACGAACCGAUAGAAUUAGCGCAUUAUCCAGACGCCAUGAAACCACCCCCGGGAGCUCAACCACCAAUCGAGAGAGACGAUUUUCCCGCUCCGCCGUAUCCUUACACUGAUCCUGAAAGACGUAGACGAUGGUCCGACACCUAUAAGGGAGUACCUGCAUCUGAUGACGAGGAUGACGUGGAUAAUAAAACGUACAUCAAGGAAGCGGAGCAAAAAUUGAAAAAGGAACAGGACGAAUUGAGCAAGAUCGACACGGGAAUAGCUAAAGUAUUCCUGCAAGAUCGCGAAAAAGAUCGGGAGAAUUUGAGACAUAGAGCUGCGAACGUUGAUCCUAGAAAUGCCUCGAGGACACCGUCUGCCGCCAGAGAGCCAACGUAUCGAUUGCGCUAUGAAAGUCCUGUUGGUGCAUCACCUUCGCGAAAUAUCGAUCAUGCACGGCCUUGGGAGGAUGACGAUGGCUUCAGCUACAGAUCCAGUGGGCCUAGCUACAACGUUGGGAGGUCAUCGGCGCGCUCCCCGGCUCCCAGAAACUAUCCACCCCUUGGUACUCAACGCGCCUUCACUCUUCCAAACGCCACUAGACACUAUCAUUCGGGCGACUAUUCGUUCAGCGGGAUGGGCGACAAGACGCACAGCACUGAUUUCUCGUCUGGCAAGUCGGACAUAUCAACAGGCAGCAUCACGGAUGUGGAUCGACGGGCAUUGGUAUGUACCACAGCCCCAUACUACUCCCGGCGAAUUAGCAUGAAUGAUGGUGGAAUCCUUCCAUCAUCCACCACGUAUACGGGUGGCCUAGGUUCGGUUGUUGGGGGCCACGGGGGUCAUCACGUAAGAAGAUCGCUGCCGGACAUGGGGGCGGCACCAACCGAACCGCCCAAACUUUAUCCCUAUCAUUUACUUGUUAUCACCAACUACAGGCUGCCAGCUGACGUGGAUCGUUGCAAUCUCGAGCGACACCUUUCCGAUGCAGAAUUUGAAGCUGUUCUACAGUGCUCUCGAUCGGAAUUCUACAGACUGCCACAGUGGCGUCGCAAUGAAAUCAAAAGACGUGCCCGUCUCUUUUAAUUCAUGUCACAUCUUUUGCUUAACACUCAUCGCGUCGUGUCGCGAUUGCAUUACUGCGGUACGGACCGUACAUUCCUACUGCGUGGGGAGAUGCAUCGCGGAGAAAAAAAUGUGUUCGACAACCAUUUCGACCAUUCUGCCGAUUGACAUGCGUUCGUCAAAAUGAACUUUAGACUGGGGCGCAUGCAAACAUACGCAGACGCAUACGCACACAAACACAA